AUGGAAGCGUUCGUUGUUGUUCCAGAUGAGGUGCAAAAUGACUCAAAAGAAAGCUUAUUAUAUAACAAAUACAAAGAGGUUGAAACGUUUGUACUCCAAAACGAUGUUAUAGAUUGGAAACAAGUUGAAGGAAAAUUACGACAGAUUUUAUUGGAGUAUGAAAAUGCUAAAAGUGAUGAAUUGAGGUUCGGGAUAAAGUCGAUGACUUGGCUUAAAAUAUUCAGGACUCACGAGCGAAGUAUUCCAGAACCCAUCAGAAAUUGCUUGUAUGAAAUGUUUAAGGAAAUAGAGAAUGUACUUUGCAUGAGGAGACGUACAUCUGAUCAUACAACCACGGCAUUAAUUGAAAGAUAUCAAACAUUGGGACAUGAUGUGCUUGAAAUGGAAAUCGUGAACUGGGAGGAUAUCAAAAAAUCCUUGUGGCAAAUAAUUGACGACUGGAAAAGAGAACUUGGCUUUCAAGGCAUUACCGUCAAGGAUCUGGAUGGUAAACAGCAAAUCAUCUAUCACAGGUUGACUUUUGGAAAUGAUUUAGAUUAUCUCAUAAAUCAAGUUGCAGAUAAAACUGGCAUUUCAAGAAAGGAAGUUAUACUAGUGUUCGGAGAAAAUAUUGUUGACCCAGAGAAUGAAGAUUUGUACAUACCUGAUGGGGCAAAACUACAGCUUCUUCCUCUGGAGAAAGGUCAAAAUCCUCCUACAAACCUGACAACAUUUGUGAGGGGCAUAUUCAAUGGACUUUAUGUAAAGAUCGACAGAAUCUUUUCGUACUUUCCCAAUGUUUUUAAAGACACUACACGUUUACUCUCUGAGAAGGAUUUUGUGAGGAUAUGUCAGUUAAUAGGUAAAGGAUGGGGUAUGCUGGGAAUUGAGCUGGGUCUUACGAAGGUGAAGUUGCAACAGAUAACAGAAGACAAGCGAAAUGUAGCCUCGCGUAUAUUUGAAAUGCUAAGCCAAUGGAGUCAAACACGAAAAGAUGGAGCCACGGCAGGUCAACUGCUUUCUGCUGUCAUGAAAAGUGGAGUAAGCUGUGAUUUCGAUGAACUUAAACGAGUCCUUCUUGUUGGCUUGUAAAACAAUAUCACGUACCUACAGUAACUAACUAUGAUGUCAUCAUGAUAUUUGACUUUAAAUAAAUCAUUCAUUAGUGAUGAGAAAAAAUGUGAAUGGGGACUAGAGACGAAGAAAAAACAAUUAAGAUAGCUGUUCUUCUGAGUUAAAUGUUUAUAGACAAAUAUUUAAAUUGUCAAAAUAUCUUCUUGAACUUGACUAAUUUCUAGAAAAGAAUUGGAAAAUAAAUAACUCAUCAGUAACAUGUUUGUUAUCGUAAGAAGACAUUUGCAAAUACUUCUGAUAAUUAAAGAAAUAACAUGUUGUUUUUUUCAGUACAACUACCAUUUUAGAUCAAUUAGCAAUUACUUCUUUAAUUUAUUGUUUGUCAUCAUGUUUUAAAAAUGCCAAAUUGUACUUGUAUAAUCACUUUUGUUUAAUAUUUCAUUAUAAAAACA